UUAAACCCUAGAGAAACAUGGCACGGGUGUGGCGCGCAGCGAUUUCUCGGCCUCGAUCGCCUGGUCUGGGCGGCACAAGCUACUGCACGCUCUCCCAAGCCAUGGUCGAAGCAGUGCAAGAACAAGGGCAGGACGAUGCUGGCGAUGAAGACUACAGGAGGGAUGUGGAGCAGACUGCGCUGGAUUUCGUGCUCGCCGAGGGCUGCUUUGGCCUCAUUCCAUUGCCAUCGCAGGGCCAGGGGAGGCGGCUGGACAGGAUCUUGGAGCUGUGCCGGGGCCCGAAUGGGAGGUACGAGAAUCUCAUAGACAUUGUCUCGGAUAAGAACACAUUGCUUGCUGCUUACCAGAGGCUCAAGGCCAGGCCGGGUCUCAAGAUUCCACAGCUUGGAUCGGGCGAGCUGCCUCUAAACUGGCUGAGAUUGACGCGCGAGAGUCUCCUCGCCGGGGCCUAUGAGUUUCAACACUACCACGCCAGGAACGUGUUUAGAAAGUUUGGAACUCGUGCUACUCAGCACACUCUUGCCGACCGCUACACCUUUCUCCUCGUAAACCUCUGGGCUAUGCGGACCAAGCGAGCGGAGAUCUUCUCGGGCAACUGCGAGUUCUACUGGAAGAAAGGCAGGCGGGAUCCCUUGAGGAGCUUCAACUUGGAUUUCUUCCUGGACUACGGCCUUCACAGCAAGUAUAAGCAUCCACUCUCCAGUCCAUUUCCGCCGGUGGGGGACUUGAUCGUCCAAGAGGCCAUGCAGAUGGCUCUGGAGAAGAUCUACGAGCCUUUGCUCUCCCCAAAAGCUCACGGGUAUCGUCCCAACAGAGGGUGCCACACUUUGUUGGAGGACGUAAGGAGUAACCGGUGGCUGGGAGUUUGCUGGCUGCUCGAGUUUAACUUCGACAACAUCUACGCCAAGAUAGACACGGAUUUGCUAGCCUCGAUGCUUGAGCAAGAGAUCGAAGACAAAGGUUUCGUGGAGCUAAUACUCAAGCUGUUCGACGUGAAGGCCACCGUUGCCGAGGACGUCAAGUACUCGCCGAAGACCCUGGCCAAGAACCCGCAGUUGGCGAAGAAUAAGUACGAGCACGAAGAGCUUGGAGUCCGGAGAUCCGUUUUAGCACCGCUACUCUGUCACGUCUACCUGCGAUCGCUGGACGACGAGAUCUCUCGGAUGAUUCUGGAGCAGGAGAGGGUGCCAGCAGACCGUGGACGACGGACGAUUUUCAACGUCCGCUCCAAUCCAGUCCCAGCCAGCAAGGAGCUUCCCAUCAACUUGCAGUACGUGCGGUACCUGGACGAGUUUGUGGUGGGAGUCGGGGCGUCAAGGGCCAUUGCCGAGAGAAUACAGGCUCUGAUACUAAAGUUCAUGAAAACGGAGCUUCAUCUGGAGCCAGACUACGCUUCGUACGUGGACAUAAGCUUCGGGUCGACGCUUUUCCUUGGGAUGAGAAUCACGGCUGCUGAGUCGACGUAUGAUCCCCGGACAGAAGCAAAAAGGUUGGAGAAACGCCGGAGGAGCAAGUUCCGGAACGUCAAGCUGAGGGAACUUCGUGAGCGGGUGUGGUCGGACAGGAUGAAGAGAUUGACGCUGCAUGCGUGGAUGCUGGGACUCCGAAAAGUAAGUCGGGAGCUCCCGGACCUGGAACAGUGCAAGAGCAUGGUCCGUCUAAAAUCCGAGAAUAUGGUCAGGGACUUCGCCAUUGCCAAGUUGAGGAGUGGAAUGACAAGGCUGGCCGUGGAAGAGCUACUCAACACCGAGAACGCUGUGUUCUACAACAUGUCUGCCCUUGGGAUCCCGGAGGAGAUAACCAAGGCUCAUCAGCACUUGACGGACUUGCUUGAGAAGCACUACAGGAGCAUCUUGAAGGAGAACCGAGAUCCAAAGCCGGUCCUGCCGAAGAACAAGUCCAAGAGAUUGGAGAUGGUGCAGACGUAUGGAGCUCUUCCAAUUCGGCUCAUUGCGCCGCUGGACACCAUCAUGGCCGAGCUGCGCUACAUCGGAAUGAUCAAGCCCGACUCCAUCCGCCCCGACGCUGUUUGCUCGUUUCUCAACGCUCCGGACGAGUCCAUCGUCUCUUACUUCGCGGCGAUCGCCUACGCGCUGCUCGUCUACUACCGCUGCUCCGACAAUUACAUCAAAGUGAAGCGUAUCGUGGACUACCAAGUGCGAUGGUCGGCGCUCAUCACCUUGGCUGCCAAGCACGACUUCACCACCAGGAAAUCCAUUCUCGAGUUCAAGCGAGGGCCACAGAUGGUGAAAGGCCAAGACGUUGUGGCGUCGCUGCCAAGCACCCCUGCCAUCUCUCGGUUUGGAACGAUGUUCUACGACAACAUCCAGGAAACAAUGCUUCAGCACAUCAUGUCAGGAUCCCGGCGGCCUCGAUCGCAGUGACCAUUAAAUAGCAAGCGAGGAGGCGUUCAUCUGUUUUUUCAACUCUUUCACCCCGCUUUUUUGUGAACAACGCGGGAGGUUGAUCAUACUUUCUUGCUGAAACUACAAGGCAAGGCUGGAAGCUCCAAGGCCAGAGUGGAAAAUGCGAGGAAUUUUAGUAGGCAUGCCCAGAAUCCCGUGUUUGACGUUCUCCCAUUUUAAACAAGAACAUACGUCCUUUGCUUC